AUGAAGGAGCAGUCUGUCCAGGCAAACAAUGAGACAUCAGCCUCUUUCAAGUCCUCCCAUGAAUCUGCAGUUGUAGUUCAACCAGCAAAAGUUGCUCCACUCUCUGGACCUUAUGGUUUAGCAGGUUCUGAAAACCCCACAGGCGAAUGGGACGAAUAUUCUUCAUUUGUCAAUGUUGAAGCAUUGGACAUUACAUCUCCUGUUGGUUUCAAUGAGAACGCUUCUCUACUCUACCAAACAGGAUAUGGAUACAACCCUCAAAUGCCAUAUGGACCAUACUCUCCUGCUGCAAGUCCCUUACCUUCAGAGGGACAGUUGUAUUCACCCUAUUACCACCAGCAGGUAGUUCCUCCUAGCAUUCAAUAUAUAUCUUCUCCAACUCAGCCCGACCUCACCAGCCUUGUCGGUGUUGACCAACAAGGUAAUAACAUUGGACCAAGGCCUUCUUACCAUCCUCACCCUAUUGGACCCAAGGUUUUGACGGGUGAAUAUGGUCGGAUUGGUCCAAGCCUGCUGAUACCUACAGACAUUCUUCUCCUCUUUCAUCGGGAGUCACAGAGACAGAGAUCGUUUUACGGUUUUGCAUCUGGUUCAAACUCUUAUAAGCAUAGUGGUGGUCGUGGCCAGGGAUCUAACUAUGUAAGUAGACUAAUUUCUAAUAUGGGAAACCAAGGCUGGAUUGGUGUUGAUAACAUUAGAGAGCGUGGAAGAGUUAGUGAUCCAUCCCUUGGUGAUGGUUAUACUGGUAACUUUGAUAUCCUCAACGAGCAAAAGCGAGGACCAAGGGCUUCAAAGCCCAAGACUCAGGUAUCAGAGGAGCUUGAUUCGUCUGCUGAUACUAAUAAAAAUAACAAAGACAGUCUAAAGGAACCCAAGAGCAACGAUCAUGACUUUGUCACUGACUACAAUGACGCUAAGCUAUUCAUAAUCAAGUCUUACAGUGAAGACAACGUCCACAAGAGCAUCAAAUACAAUGUAUGGGCUAGCACUGCUAAUGGCAACAAAAAGCUUGAUGCUGCUUAUCGUGAGGCCAAGAACGAGAAAGAAUCAUGCCCAGUGUUUCUUCUGUUCUCUGUAAACGCGAGUUCUCAGUUCUGUGGUAUAGCGGAGAUGAUAGGACCUGUGGAUUUUGAGCAGAGCGUUGAUUACUGGCAACAAGACAAAUGGAGUGGACAGUUCCCAGUGAAGUGGCAUAUCAUCAAAGAUGUUUUAAACAGUCAGUUCCGCCACAUUAUAUUGGAAAACAACGACAAUAAGCGUGUCACUAAUAGUCGAGACACCCAAGAAGUGAAACUGGAACAAGGCAUUGAGAUGCUGAAGAUUUUCAAGAACUAUGACGCUGAGACAUCAAUCUUGGAUGAUUUUGAGUUUUAUGAAGAGCGGGAGAAAAUAAGCCAAGACCGGAAUGCAAGAAGACAUCCAAGCUUGCCAUCUGCAGGAGGAGAAGCUGAACAUAAACCUGCUUCUGCUGCAUUGCAGACAGACUUCAUCAAGAACAUGUCGAAGAGUUUUGCGCAGGUUGUUCGCUUGGACGAGGGCAGCAAAGCAUCAUUAUAUGCAACUACUAUACAACCAUAGGCGUCUCUUCUGGCCAAUCAAACUAUGUAGUAAAAAUAAAGAUAAUCAAUUAGCAAGACCAUGUUAUUUAAAUUCCAUAAUGAUCUUUUGUUUGUUCUAAGAAGGGUAUUCAAAUGACAGUUUGCUG